CAGGUGACGUCGAAAGGUGCUGGCUUAAACCCUAAUGCAAAAGUGUGGCAAGAAGUACCCCAAGGGAGUGGCGAGGCUGUGCCACCCACAAAUGGCGCUGAGCACUCGUGGCAGGACACCGCGGCCGCCCAAGGGACACACGCCGAGGGUAACAUAGAGAUUUCAGAGGACAGCUGCAAGCAGUAUGAAGUGAUGUAUCCCCCAUCUUGUGAAGCCACAAGAAAUGGCACAGGGGUUGAUGAAGCAUCUGCAAAUGGGAUUGUCCUGGCAACCGAAGAUCUUGGAUACCAAAUCUAUGAAGUGUCUGGUGAGGGCAGCUCCACUGUGUCCACAGAAGACAUUAGAGAAUGUUUGAAAAAGCAACUUGAAUUCUGCUUUUCACGUGAGAAUCUGUCAAAGGAUCUCUACUUGAUGUCUCAAAUGGACAGUGAUCAGUUUGUUCCAAUAUGGACAAUUGCCAACAUGGAAGGUAUUAAGAAGCUGACGACUGAUAUGGACCUUAUUCUUGAAGUUUUGAGAUCUUCUCCGAUGGUACAAGUGGACGAGAGAGGGGAGAAAGUUAGACCAAACCACAAACGAUGUAUUAUCAUUCUCCGUGAGAUCCCUGAAACAACACCUAUAGAGGAGGUUAAGGCUCUUUUCAAAAAUGAAAACUGCCCCAAAGUGAUAAGCUGUGAGUUUGCUCACAACAACAACUGGUACGUUACAUUCCAGUCAGAUACAGAUGCACAACAGGCGUUUAAAUACUUAAGGGAAGAAGUGAAAACCUUUCAGGGCAAGCCAGUAAUGGCAAGGAUAAAAGCCAUCAACACAUUUUUUGCUAAGAAUGGUUACCGGGUAGUGGAUUCCAGUGUCUAUACUCAGCCAGUUCAAACACAAGCACAGUUUGCCUCACCACUGUUUAUGCAGCCUGUAUAUAGUCCUCAGCAGUACUCUAUUUACAGCAUUGUGCCUCAGACAUGGUCUCCAAAUCCUGCACCUUACUUUGAAACACCACUGGCCCCCUUUCCUAACGGUGGAUUUGUGAAUGGCUUUAAUACACCAGGAUCAUAUAAAACAAAUGCUGCUUCUUUGAGUAUAGGUCGCCCAUUCCAUAGAAAUCGCGUGAAGCCUCACUUCCGAUCAUCCAACAGCUCGGAACACUCUGUGGAGGGUCCAGCUGCCGUCAGUACCGUGCCAAUAGGGGAUGGACCACUGAACAGAACCAACUCAAGGAAUUUUGUUACGGAGCGACAUAACAGCACGUUAACCGGGCCCCAAGACCAAGGGUAUUCCCAGAAGGACUCUCCUACCGCACAGAUGGAGCAGAACGGCGACUACGGCAUUGGCAGGGGCAGGAGGAACGUUUUCCGAGGUCGGAGGAGACGGGAAGAUGACCGGGUUUCAAGACCUCAACCUUCAGCAGAAACAAAGACUCAGACACCAAAGUUUGACUUGCUAGCAUCAAAUUUCCCACCUUUGCCUGGCAGCACAGCAAAAAUACUGGGAGAGCCUGUGCUGGAGAGCAGGAUGUCCGAUAUCGUUAAAGGCGUCUGCAAAGAAAAGGACAGCAAAGAUUUGCUGCCCAGCUCUCCGGCUCCUGCUCAGGAAGAACAGACGCACAGCACUGUCCAACCGCCUGCGGCGAGUGUGAGUUCACCCGCUCAGACCGAGGCUGCGGUGUUGAGCAGCACAGUUCAGCCAGACAGCAAACCGGAAGAAGUGUCUGCCCAGAAGGAUGUCACAAGCCACGCUUCCCCGCCGGUGUCUGUGUCUCCUGUCAGUGCUGCAAAGCCGCCAAGGACAAACACCGCUUCACCUUCCGCUAAUGCGAGCGCAGCUCCUGCUGUGCUGGUGCAGGAGCCACGCAAGCUAAGCUACGCCGAAGUUUGCCAGAAGCCCCCAAAGGAGCCUCCUCCAGUUCCUGUUCAGCCUCUUAGGGAACAUCGCACCAACAUAGUUCCCCCUGCCAAAAAUGAAGAAAACGGUACCCCCGAGAAGGCUCCGGAGAAGGCUCCUGACAAGGUCGAAGGUCGAAUGAAGGAUUAUUCUGGGUUCCGAGGCAACGGGCCUCCCAGGGGAGCUGCUGAAAAUCAGGGAACAGAGGCGCCAGUUUGGACGCAGAUCAUCGCCUCAGGGAGCACCGCGACGCGUCGGCAAGGAGCAGUACGUGCCACCCCGGUCACCAAAGUAACACUUAUCCAGCCAAUUUCUCUAUUUAAUUUGAGCUGUGGACUAAUAAGCAGCAAAGGAGACUGUGAGAAAGAAGUAUUCGUGAAGGGGAAUACUGAACUGGAGCGUGGCUUGUGUGGAGAAGUUGUGAAGGGUCCCAAAAUUCAUCUCUAAAAGUGAUUUCACAAAUGCUGGAGGAUUCCAAUCAAUAUAAAUAUAGAGAUUAUAAUUUUUGUAUUUUUGUUUUUAAUUUGCAGAGAGUUUCCUGCUUGAAAUCAGUUUUGGGGUUGUGAAACUAGCGUUUUGACAAAGUGAAAGAAUAUGAAUUGACAAAUUAACCUGUCCCUCGGUGUAGGAGGAAAAGGAUAAGAGAAUAUUAUUUUUGAAAAAACGAGCGUUUCUGUAAAAUUAGAACUUUUUUUAACCUAUUUAACAUUUGGCUUGUCGGGUGAUGUGUCUGCCAUUGAUGGCCUUGCAUUGCAGAGCACGUCUGCAGCUGAGGUGCUUGGUCAGUGUGAGUGGAAUGAGUGCGGCCAGAUACUGUUGUCAUGACUUAGUCACUGAUGAUAAAAACUGAAUGUACUACUGUAGUAAACUUUGUGUUUCCAGCUUGAAGUAUAGUCUCUUGACCUUACUAAUAAUUCAUUCAGCAAGCUUUUUAAACUAUAAUUUUUACAGGAUACUGGAUUGUAGAUCAGAGCACAUGGACAGCAAAAAUUGUCUUCUAGACGUGAUUGGGAGGAGGCAGAAGGGAGCAUGUUGGAAUUUUUCAUUUGCCCUUUUUUCUCGCCUCCUUUUGAGGGCAACUUAGGUUU